CACGAGUUCUUCCUGGUGCCCGACCGGCCGCCGCCGCCGCCCCCGCCGCCGCCCGCGCACCCCGCCGUGGUGGUGGUGACGCGCGGGCCGGGCGGCCGCGCCGCGGACGUGGCCCUGCUGCCGGCGGGCAACCGCUCGCUAUCGCUGCGCCCCCGGCCUGCACGCGCUGGCCGGCAAGGGCCUGGGCCUGCUGAGGCGCGAGGCCUGGGUCAUCCCGCUGCUCGUCUUCUCCACGCUCUGCAUGGUCGUCAUCGCAGGCUUCGAGGUGUUCGUGCUGUGCAAGGCGCGCCGCACAACGCCGUCGCGGCGGCACCUCUUCCUGGGCCAGAUGCUGCUGCUGGGGCUGUUCCUGUGCGCGUGCGUGGGCGCCUCAACGGCGGCGUCUACCUGCCCGCGCCCUACCAGGCGCUGCUGCUGCUCUUCGCCGUGCUCAUCCAGGUGGCCGUGGGGCUGCAGUGGCUGCUCAACGCGCCGCCGCAGGAGACGCUGCCGGCGCGGCGGCUGGUGCUGACGGCCGAGGACCUGGUGCCGCACCCGGUGUGCCGCGCCGCCUACACCGACGUGCUGCUGUCGCUGCUGUACGUGGCGUGCCUCAUCGUGUUCGUGGCGGUGCUGGCCAUCAAGUCGCGCGGCAUCCGCGACAACUACCGCGAGGCCACCUUCAUCGGCCUGGCCGUGGGCUGCGUCAUCCCCAUCUGGCUGGUGUGGGUGCUGAGCGGGCUGCUGGUGGCCGACCGCCACCGCGACGCCUGCCUCGCCUUCGGCCUCGUCGCCACCGCCACCGUCGGGCGGCAACUGGCCGCCAUGGGCAAGGAAGGUGUCUACGUGGAAGACCGCGAGGAGCGCUUCAGCACGCUCAGCCGCGCGGGCUCCGGCUACUCGCCUUCUUUCUACCACUUCAAGCCCGUCAAGUACAGCGCGGCGCCGCUUGGGGCGCCCGCGCCACCUCCGCCGCCGCCGCUCGCCGCCCCGCCCCCUCAUCCACAUAAGCAGCCCGCCACUGCAGUCACAACCAUUGCAGAUCGAGUGGCCUUGGUGGCAGCUCCCAGCUACACCCGAAUGUAUCACUACUACCCGUACUGCUAUUACCCAGGUGGUGUCUAUGUGAAACCUGAAGAUGGAAAUGUAUAUACCACUCUGGAGCCUACACUUUCUAGCAACCCUAAUGUCUUCUUUCAACGUAGUGGAGUACAUCCAGGAAUGAUGUACUGAUGAAAAGCAUAUUGACCAUGUUUCUACCAAAGUGGUACAUUUCAAGCUUUGCUUUGCUGUUUCUGUAUUGAAUUUCUGACAUUUUAGGAUAAGCUACGUUUACUAAUAGACUGAAAAUGUGCAACCAGUGCUGAUAAAAAUAGAUAUUUUCACAAAAUAUUGUAGUGAAAAUGUACCAUCGUGUGGAUGUAAUGCUUAAGGAGACAUUUAAGUGCAUUUUUACAUCCAACAUUAUGUUGGCUGGUUAUUUAUGUAAUUUUAAAGUUACUUGUAAUUUCAGGAUAAUAAAUUACUGAAAUUUAUUUCUGACAUAUUUAAGCUUUGGGCACAAUAUUAUGUGAACAAUAGAAAUAAUCUCUAGUCCAAAUCCAAUGAAAUUAUUUACAAUCAUUCAAGUGUAUGUUGAAACAAUUUUUUCUCAAUAACAAUAUUAACAUUAAUUAAUAGCCAAAUUUUUCAUUUAUUUUCGUUUUUGAUCUGCAAGUUUGAAUUCAUAUUUGAAAUGCCUAAAAUAAAUGCCAGUGCUCAUUACCUGAAAAUACGUUUGACCAUAUCAAUAACUUGUAAAAUACUUUUAUUUAAUUGUGUGUCAUAAAUUUCAAGAAUAAUACUAAUAAUAAAUAUUUUCUAUCUUUCUUGUGUACAAACAUUAAAAUCUAUAACUUUCUAAAUAGCUUUCAAUUUUUUUCAUGUUGCAUAUUUCAUGUAAAUGCUUUUAAACAUUGAGCCUAAUACCUGCAAAAAAAAUAAUGUUUUAAUAAGCAUUGACUGUGUAACUGUUAAAGGUAAACAAAGAAAAAUUAUUAUAAAAAGAAGACAUGCUUUAAAAGUAAACUGUGCAUGAAGCAAGAUUGAAUGUGAAACAAUGAUCUCUAGUGCCCCUUUAUUGUACAUAAAUUUAUUUAGAAUUAAUCAUACAUUAAUUACAGUGCCGUACCACUUCUCACAACUGGUCAAUGUUGAAACUUCAUGCCAAAGUGUCAUCUUAAUGGAGUAUUUCAGAUGAGUUAUUAGAAUUAUAGAAAGUUUGUUUGUAUCUGAAAUUGUGUUAAUCUUUUUUUAACUCGGAAGAGCAUCCUCAAAACUUGCCAAUAUUCUUGUCAAAGAAAUUUACAAGAAAAUUAUUGAAAUGUAAUUAAAAAUGUUUCUCUGACUGAAACUUUUAAUUAUUUCUUUAAACUGAUUUCACUUUUGUCAAGAGUUUCAUUUUUAAUGUAAGAUGAUUUUCAAACAGCAGGAGUUUAAAAGCGGUCAGUUCAAAAGUUAUAGGAAAAAAACUAUGUACAGUAAAAGAAAUAAUGAAGAUUGUGAUGAAUUUUACUAAUUAGGUAGUGAAUAUACAUUGCAGUAGGACAUAAAAUGUGUAUUACCACUGUGAACUGGAAUCUUGGAAGAUUAAUUUUAAUUAAUUUGUACAAGACGUAACAUUACUUAAAAGACUAUUGUGAUAUAGCAGUGAGUACCCCAAGUUAUGUGAUGUGUGUUGUCAGUAACUGUGUAAGAACAAUUAUCUUCAACGAAUAAUCUAAGGACAAGACCAAAAACAAGUGCCACUAUAUACCAUACCAGACAGAGUAUAUAUUGUGAAACAAGAGUGCUGCAAUGUGUGAAUGUGUUCAAUUUAGUGUGUAAGUAUCUGUUCAGAAGUUGUUCAUUUUAAUUAUGAUUUUUUUGUAAAAUGCUGAUUGUUGUCUUGAAAAAGGCUGUGUAUUUGAGACAACAUCAUCCUAAUCUAAAAAUAAGCACACUAAAAUAUAAAUUGUGUCCAAAAUGAAAAAAACAAACCUACAAAUUAUUUGCAUGUUUUAGCUUUACUUGCAAUAUUGAACAUAAAACUCAUUUGCAAUGAUUGAACAUAAAUAAAUUUUGAACAAAGAAUUUUGUUCACUCCAACAUUACUUCCAAAAUGUGAAUUUACACUACUUUAUUCACAAACAUUGAAACUCUUAGAUAAAUGUUUGCUACUGAUACCAUCCAUAAAGGAAAACAAAUGUUUUGUCUGACGCAUCUAACAUACCCAUGUUUUACUUUUGUCAGUAUAAGUGCUAAAUAAUAUCGAUUUUUUGUAUGAGUACUUGAUGAAAAAUGAACAUUAAAUUUGCGAAAAAA